UGGCUGUCGGAAAGCAGCGGCUCUGCCCAUUUUGUUUUCCUGUGAGGACGACGUUUUCCAGCCAGAGGGGGAAAAAAAAUUAUAGGAAAUUUGGAGAAGCUGUGUUCGAAUGUUUCGGAGGGGAAAAAAUAGAUAAAUUCGUCUGCUUCACUCGAAGACAAGCGAAUAUUCUGGGAGGAAAUCAGAAGCAACUUCCGCCGCGCUUCCUGUUUGGUUAAACAGCAGAUGAAGAUGAUGAAGCACUCAUGAAUCAUUUUGCACGUGAUCUUACUUUGGUUUAUCCUCGGAACACUUCAUCAUGAACCACACCCCUAGUCCCCACCUAUCUGAGGGCAGCAAGUCUGCUGUAGGGGGAUUGAUGUGCAGCCUGGGUUUGGGGCUUGACAGGGGAAUUCGCUCUCCUGACAGCCUCACACACACUCCAAGCCCCACUGGGGGAACCCCCAGCUCCAGCCCACCGCUGCUUCUGUCCCCUGGGUUGGGAGGACUAGGACUCGGAUCUCUGGGAGCCAUGGGUGAGGGAGCUGGUGUUGACUGGGAGAGCAGGGAGGAGCUGAGACUCAGGGAGCUGGAAGAGGCUCGGGCCAGAGCGGCUCAGAUGGAGAAGACCAUGAGAUGGUGGUCGGACUGCACAGCCAACUGGAGAGAGAAGUGGAGCAAGGUUCGUGCAGAGCGAAACCGUGCACGAGAUGAAGUCCGCAGUUUGAGGCAGCGUCUGGACACCCUAACCAAAGAGCUGACUGGCGUUCGGCGGGAACGCCAGGAACUCGCCUCUGAGAAUGAGAAGCUUCGUCUCCAUGGUGACAGCACAGCUUCGCCUCUGUCCAACACGACUGUUUCUUCAUCCCCGACACACCCACCACGUGAUCUGUCCUCCUCCACCUUGUCCUCCUCCUCGCAGGUGCACACUGAGAAAGUGUUGGACAGGAUGGGGGAGGGCCUCCCUGGGUCCCCAGAGCCAGAACCAGUGCGGGAUGUGGACUUGGAGAAAGAAAUGAGGAGCCCACAAAAGGCGUACAUGGUGGGCGGAGCUGCCCGAUUACAGAACGCGGCUGCAGGACCUUGGAGCUUUUGGACUCAGUGCUGUGUCCCCAGAGAUCCAAGCAUCAAUGCUCAGGAGCCCUGGGAUAUUUGCAGCAGCGCCAUCGUUGCGGGAGCCUCGCGGUCGUCCUCCGGUCCGAGCCGGCAGGACCGGAGCAGGCAGCUCUGGGAUGACAUCACCACGGUGGAGGAAGACUGGGAACUCAAUGCCCUGCAGCUUCGUCUGGAUGAGUCACAGAAAGUUCUUCUGAAAGAGAGAGAAGACAAGCUUACUCUGAGUCGAAACAUUGAACGUUUGGAGGCCGAGCUCAGUCAGUGGAAACUGAAAUAUGAGGAGCUUACCAAGAGCAAACAGGAGGCCCUCAAACAGCUGAACCUACUGAAGGAAAUGCACCAGGACGAACUCGGACGCAUAUCUGAAGAUUUGGAGGAUGAACUAGGAGCUCGAACCAGUAUGGACAAGAAAUUGGCAGAACUGCGAGCAGAGAUGGAGAGACUCCAGGUAGAGAAUGCAGCAGAGUGGGGUCGCAGGGGUUUGGAGACAGAAAAACUGGCUUUGGAGAGGGACAACAAGAAACUGAGGGCACAGGCUGAAGAUCUGGAGGAACAACUUGAAAAACGCCGGCAGGCUGCCUCAGCACUUGACACAGACCUCAAAGCCAUACAGAGCGAGCUCUUUGAGCGGAACAAGGAGUUGGCUGAUCUUCGCCACAUUCACGCUAAGCUGAAGAAGCAGUUCCAGGAGAAGACUGCUGAGCUCACUCAUGCCAACAGGAGGGUGGAGAGCCAUGAAGCUGAAGUGAAGAAACUACGACUGCGAGUGGAGGAACUGAAGAAGGAGCUUGGACAGGCUGAAGAUGAGGUAGGAGCGUCUCACUCUUCCACACUUUGAAAGCCCGUGAUGUCCUGUGAUACAGUCCUGUCAUAUGUUCUGGUCAUGCAGUGUCACUCUUUUUUUCUGUCCAGAUUGCGGCGGCAGCAACAGAAUCCUGGUCUGUUUGGGAAAAUGCGCUCAACUCGAUACAACCCUGAAAACCCAGAAGGUCCAACCAGCGAUGUGGACGAGGAGGAGGAUGAACUGCAGUUACAGAUCCCAUAACACGCACACACUCAGACACAGAAAACGUAGGGUCAGAGGUGGUGAGAGUGUGGUGUGUAACAGCGUCAGUGGACUUUGUUGAGUGGACAUUUUGACAGGCAUCACAGAUCCUUCUUACCUCAUGACAAACAUCACAGACUGUGCUGCUGUACAAACACCAGCCAGAAUGCCACAUCACCAGUGUUACCGCUACAAAUGUUACCAUGUGACAGACCAAAGUUUCAUGGUGUUUCUAUAUUUGGACAUUUAAUUUCUCCCAAAUAAACUCCUGUGAUGUUAAUGCUGUGAGCCACAACACAAUAUGUUGUGAUUACAGCUAUGACUAGGACACACAUCUGUGUACUCUGAGGACGGCGCUA